UGGUCCCUGGGCCGGGCGGAGGGGUUCGUUGGAGCCCGGGCAUGGCACGGUGUUUGGCUGCUUAUUGGUUUUAAACCACGAUAUUAAAUAUGGUUUCUUGAGCCCAGCAGUGUCCUCAUGCAGCAUGAUAUUCCAAGGAAUGAUGCUCUUCCUGACAACCAUUUCCACUGUACAUGUUUUUGCAAGAGUGUCCAUGAGAGGAAAAUUAAGAACAAGGUAUUUGCCAAAAUAUCAAAAAAGUAAAACAGAGCUAAAGGUGCCUGUAGCUGUGGCUUCUGUUUCCAUGGAUCCUGUUAGAAGCACAGGAGAUCUAACAGGACAGCAGGUCACUAAUGAAGGAGGAAUGAAGAGUGCUUCUUUAAAGGAUUUGUGUCCUGAGGACAAGAGACGCAUUGCAAACUUAAUUAAAGAACUUGCCAGGGUAAGUGAAGAAAAGGAGGUGACAGAAGAACGGCUGAAAGCUGAACAGGAGUCAUUUGAAAAGAAGAUCAGACAGCUAGAGGAACAGAAUGAACUUAUCAUCAAGGAAAGGGAAGCUCUGCAGCAGCAGUACCGAGAAUGCCAGGAACUUUUGAGCCUUUAUCAGAAGUACCUAGCUGAGCAGCAGGAAAAACUAUCGCUCUCCCUUUCUGAACUCAGUGCUGCCAAAGAAAAGGAGCAGAAGGGUCCACACUCAGAUCAGCGCAAUGGACUAGUCCUGAACCUGCAUGUUCCUCCCUCUGUUUCUACCCCACCAAAAGAAAUCCCAGAUCUGAAAAUCCAGGUAUCCAGUAAGAAGAGCUCAUGCCAACAACCGUCUUUGGAGAUAGAUGGUUCCUACUUGGGUAUUGGGGGACCUCAAACUUUUUAUAAGAAUAGUAGAGCAUCAAAGGCUGGAAGCCCAGCCCACGUUGCUUUGUCUCAGCCUUGUAGGAAUAAUCACGAUUACAUGACUGAAAUCCAUUAUAACCAUCAGGACUCUCUGAAGAAAUAUCUGAUAGAGAAUGGCUUGCACAGAAAGUGUAACAAUAUGAUUUCCCCAGCCAAGCAGAGGAACCCUCACCAUGUAAAACCAGCUCAGGAGAUGGACCAGAAAGCAAAUGAAUUUCAGAGCACAUGCCCUCAGCAAGUGAGUCACAGUUGUGACUGCAAGCAUGCAGAGAACUCAGGGAGCAGGCAAGAGAGCCACCAUGUCAGCCAGGUACUUAGAAGACACUCUGGGCCAGUUCAUGAAACCUGUGAUUAUUCUAGGUGCUCACAAAUUUCUGGCGUGAAUGACAACAUGGAUUUAGGGCCUAAAGAAACAGAGCAGGCUAAAAGGUAUGAAGAAAGAAGGCAAAAGCUGCUUCUGCAGAAAACGGAGCUGGAAAUUGAAAAGGAACGCCUCCAACAUUUAUUGGCUAAACAAGAAGCAAAACUUCUCCUAAAACAAAAGCAACUACAGCAAUCCUGUCUGGAUUAUUACAGGUUUAGAGGCCACAUACCUGGUUCAGAAGAUGUGCCCAUUGAUGAAGCACCUGGAGAACUUGCUCUGAUGAUGAAUAGCAACAGCAUGGGGCUAAGUGUACCAGUGUUGAAAUAUGAAGAUUAUUUUCCAAGGACACCUCCAGUGAACAAAACCUCCAGAACACCACGGAGCAGUGGUGGGAGCAGUUCGGGGAAGAAAAUGGUUGGCUUUGGUGCAAAUGUGAAAGAUGGUCAAACCCUUCUGAUGCAAACCAAGAGGGAAGGCACCAAGUCAAAGAAAGGGACAACUUCAGGACCUAGGAAGGAUGCAGCCACAUCUCCUGUGCUGAUAGGCAACAGCAAAGAGCUUGCAACCACAGCCACAUCACCAGUCCAGCAUUACACUUCACGGUAUGAAGCCUGUCUUCCUGACCUGGUUGAAGUCAUGAGUCUGGUAUCUGCCCCGGGACACCUCUGCAGAGAAUCUUAUGACAGGAACAAAAUGCACACGCCUUGUCGUAUGAGCCACAGGCUGCCGUCUUGGUACCAGACCCCUUGCAGCUCCAGAAGCAGAGCAGAUGAGCUAGAGGAGAGCCAGCUCCUGGAGGAGAUUUUCUUCGUUUGAUACGCCUCAUUGGUCUACAGCCCUUUUGUAGAAUUUUUAGGACCUUUAUAUUGCUGAUUUGUUUGUGUUAAAGUACCAUUUCUAAAUUAUUUGAGUGACAAUGGUUUGUCUUCCUUCUUCUAAAACGUAGCUGAUUAGCAUCCGAUUUCAUUUUGGAUAUAGUAAUCAUGGUGCAGGAACGUUGUUGGGGUAGACCAUUCAGCAAGCGUUAACUUUUUUUCCUAAACCUUUCAUGUGCCAAGUAAUCAUUCUAAAGUAGAAUUUUUUUGUAAUCUAUAAUAUUUUCUAUUAGAUUGAAGUCACAGUUUUGCCAGCCUCAUACAGGAAGUAUAUUUCAUUAUCGAUUUUUAGCUCUGAAUCAGUUUGCAAGAACUGCCUAACAUUCAAGAUCCACCAUGUUAAAAGUAGAUUACUUUCUAAUUAAACAAGUCUGUUUAAAACCUGGCAUACUAUAAAGGUACAAGCACUUUAGUACUUUUUUCAGUGAUUUUAUGUUCUACUUUUUCCUUCGACAUUCUGAUAUUUAACAUGCUGAGCUUUUAUGGGGUGUAUCAUAAGCUCAGCUAUACAGUGUCUAAUAACAUUAACAGAUGAUGUUGCAGGUUGAUGUACUAGGCAUCCAUUUGAAAGAUAUUCCUCUUUAAAUCAGUGCUAUUUGACAGAGUUUAUGUGCUGGGUAACCUAACCCUGAAAUAGCAGAACACAGUCAGACAUUGUAGUGGUCCAAAACCUGUUUGAUGUACUUUUCAAGAUGAAAUAUAUAGUAGUAGUAGUAUAAGAACAGUCUUAAGACAUUUUCACUAACUUGCACUAUUUUGAUCCUGUAUCCAGGCUCCAUUGUAAAUAAGACAAAUCAGUAAUUAUUUCCACUAGCGGCUCUCAAUGCACAUUUCCGUGCCAACUUUAAUUAUUCAUGCUGUAUCUAUUUCAGUUUAUUUAAAUGCACUUCCAUCUACUGCAUGUACUUGGUUAUUUAAAGAAAUGUGCCGAAUUGGUAAAAAUGACUGCAGAUUACAGGAUUAAUGGUCAUUUUCUCCACAAUGCAGUGUUCAUAUUUUAUUGUAACAGUAGCCACUGGCAUGUGUUCCUAGAAAUAUGAGGCUAAAAUACUCAUUUUGCAGAGUAAAAUUGCAGUGAGGGAAAGUUAGAAUUGAGCCAGUGCAGGCAAGUUCUAGGCCAUUUGCUCCCAAACACCACUUCGUGGGCCAGUACAGCUUUUCUGACAGUCUCUUCAGGCGACCCUGCUUAUCUUAAUGGCAGCGAGUUGCCGUGCCGAUCCUUGGGGUAUUGCUGCUGCCUGCCUCCCACAUGCUCGCUCCUGCCCAGUGCUUGGUGCUCUGUGAGAAGCUAGCAGGGCUCAGUGGUGAGGCCCGCGGUGCAUCCGUGGUGAGAGCAUCAGUGCAAGGUACCUAGCAUGUGCCCCUGGCAGCGCCAUACCUUAUAGCAGUGUAACAAAAGGAGAAUAAAGGGGAAGAUGAACCUCAGGUCGCUCCAAGCUGCUUCAUUCAGGCCCAGUCUUAAUCACAAAUUAUGUGAUAUCCUUUUUAUGCAUCCCAGCUGAAUUUUAGAAGCUGCUUGGGGUUCAGAGGAGGGCAGCAGCAUUGCUGGACCAGAAAAUGACUAGUGUGGAAAGGCCCUGCCUGGUCUGUACUACUGUCAGUGAAUUAUUAUAGUUCUUUUAAAUACGUCUAUCUGCUGUUGAAUGUCCCUCGUGUUCUACUCCCUGAGCCUAUGAAGGCACAGGUUUCUGCUUAAAGCCCCAAAGAUGUAUUCAGUGCCCUAACCCGAGUCUAGCAGGUGGAGAAAUAGGUUUUCUUAUUCUACUGGCUGAGUAGACUGCUUCUUUAAGAGAGCAGGGAAAGAGAGGGUAAAGAAGAGAAAAAUGUACAAGGAGCAUCAAGAAAACUGUGGAAAACCAUGAAGAAAUGACCACCACAUAGAUGUUAGGGUUUUGGGUUGUUUUAUGGUGAUUCAGUUUUGUUGGGUUUUUUUUUGUUAAGGUUUGGCAUUUAUAAAGAAACAGUUCUCUGGUUUCAAUCCAAUCUCUUCUCUUUUCCAGUUGAAACUUUAAUUGCCUUUUCUAAUAAGUGCUAACUGACCUUUUGAAACAGCAAAAAAUACAUGUAUAUCUCUUGAAAGGUGCCUUUGUGUACCCAAUAGAGAGCACUGCGCAGGAGCAUUCUGUUCUUUGUUACUUUGUGGGUGCCAGUAUUUCACUGCUUUGGGAUUCCUUGUGAUCCAUUUUGUCCAUUAAUAAUUCUAAUUCUGAGGGUGACUUUUGACCUGAAUCUAUAUUUUGUUAGUAUCUCUUUUUAAAAGGACAUUGUCAGGGUUGUGGGCCCUACACUCAAGGUGUUGUCCAUCAGUCAGAUCUACAUGGGAGGCAUACCUUUAUGAAGCAAAGAUUUCAAGAAUUAAGAUGGUUGAAAUGUCUGACAGGUGAAGACCUGCAUAGUUUAACUGUGUGUGAGAUGUGGACAAAACAAAAGCUAUUAAUUUGGUAGACUGUGAAAAAUCAUUUUUUAUAAUGUUGGCUCUUGCUCUAGUUAUCAGCAGUACAUUAGGAAUAGUGUUUAGCAGUCAGUACAAGCAAAGAUAUUUUGCCAUGAGGCACUACAAAGUUGAAGUUAUUAAAACAUUUAUAGCCUUAGAAAAAGAAAUCAAUGAUUGUCAAAUAGGAAAGGACAAAAUCAGUAGUUGGGACUGGGAGGGGAAUUGUUUUCCAUCUCCUAAAACAGUAGAGGAAAUGCAAAAAUUAAACUAGCAAAAGCAAUCACUUGACAGUGUCCUUUUAAGUUUAAGCUCGUAUAUGAAGAAGCUGCUGCUGGGGUAAUAGUCCAGCCAUAUAUUGAUUGUCCAGAGUGUCCCCAGUUAACAUGAUUCGGCUACACAUCAGGCUGUGUUUUACAUGAGGCACUGUGGAGUAAUAAGACUUCUGCUAGGACUCCCAGCUAUGCCUUCACUUUGUGUUCUUCCUGAGUGGCUCGCACACACACACACUUGCCAAAUGUUUGUGUAGUCUUUGCUUUUGUGCAACCUUGCACACCGUGGGCGUGCAGCAAUCACACACACCCUUUCUGCUUCUAGCCUCUCCAGUCUUGCUGUUGAAUCACAUCUUGAGCAUAUAUUUAUAUAUGUAUGUGAGGUCUUAAUCUAAUAAAUUGUCUGGGUGUUUCA